AUGAAAGAUUUUGAAGCAAUCUGGAUAUUCAUGAAAGCAACAGUGUACAUAUAUACAUGCAUGCACUUUCGAGAUCCAGAUCAGUUGGGUGUGGAAGCAAUUGCUUCUUCAGCAAUUUCUUCAAGAGAAUCUCCACCAAAACUAAGGUGUAGUAGUGAAAUCACUCGGCACACUAGACUGGCCAUUCUUACUGGAUUGAAGAAUUAUUUUUGUCUCCAGUUUGCAGUCAAUGCUAUAGCAAAUUCCCUCUCUAGCCUUCUUCCAUCAUGUUUAGGAAUUAGCCUUUCCAACUUGAAGAUAUUAAGGCUGAAGUGGAAUAAAGUAAAUGGACAAAUUCCAAAUAGCAUAUCAAAUGCUGCUAAUCUUGUUUUGUUCGAUUUGUCAUCGAAUAAAUUUAGUGGGGUUAUACCCAUUGUAUUUGGAAAUCUAACAAAAUUGAUGGAGAGCUUACUUCUUCAAUUUGCAAUGCUACCUACCUUGAAGUUCUCAACUUGUCAUACAACAAUUUUAGUGGCCCUUCCACUUUGCAUUGGGAUAUCUAGCCUAGCUCUUUCUGUGUUAGAUUUGCAAAACAAUAGCUUUUAUGGCACUAUACCAAAAACAUUUGAGGUGGGAAACCAUUUGAAGACCCUAAAUCUUUAUGACAAUUUUUUGAAUGGUUUGUUGCCCCAAUCUUUGGUCCAUUGCACAGAGUUAAAAGUCUUGGAUAUUGGUAGAAAUGGCAUUCAUGAUAUAUUUCCCCAUUGGAUUCAAGAACUUAAAGAAUUACAAGUACUUGUUCUUAGAGAGAAUAAGUUACAUGGUUUUAUCCCUAAUUUAAAUAACAAAGCCAACCAUAACUUCACAAAGUUGAGAGUUUUUGACAUAUCCAACAACAACCUAAGUGGCCCUUUACCUGCAACAUACUUCAAAUCUUUUGAUGCUAUGAAAAAUCAAGAGGGAGAAAUUGCUUUAAAGUACAUGGGUUAUAAUCAAUCUGGUCUCCUUGGCCCGUAUCUAGACUCCAUUGAGAUAACCUAUAAAGGAAAUAAAAUUCAUAUGGAAAAGAUCUUGACUAUUUUCAUAUGCAUUGAUCUAUCUAAUAACAUGUUUGAGGGAGAGAUUCCAAUAUCUAUUGGGUAGCUUAGACCAUUGAAAGGGCUAAUGUCUCAUAAUAGGCUCGUUGGUAAAAUUCCAAACUCAAUGGGAAAUUUGAAAAGUUUGGAAUGGUUAGACUUAUCAUUAAACCAACUCAUUGGAAAAAUUCCUAUAGAGUUGACUAAUCUCAACUUCCUAUCUGUCUUAAACCUUUCACAAAACCAACUUGAAGGUUGCAUACCUAGGGGCCAACAAUUUGAAACUUCUAUAGGGAAAGACAACCAUCACUACAAAGUUCAAGUUUUGAAGCUAGAUUUGAAUUUGGAUGGAAACCUGUCUUGCUAG